GGGCAUCUGAGACUCUUAGGCUUCACUUUUCAACUUCUCUCUCUCUCUCUCUCUCUCUCACUGUCCAACUGGUUUUUCUGUAGUUUUCGUGUUCGGUGUGUAUGAAAUCUAAAUCAGAUCACCUGCACAUAUUCUACUUUACUGAAACGUAUUCCUUCAUUCCCAGGAAGUCCUGAACUCCAGAGCUGUGAUGGUACUCUAACAGAAAGAAAGAAAGAAAGAAAGAAAGAAGAUCUUAAUAAACUUUGUUUUGGAAGCUGCAGUAUGUGACGAAGAACAGGAAUUGUACGCUCCUGUGUGUAUUGUAGUGGAGUCACAAAGUCAAGGUGCUGCUUGUCUCCAUGGAUACGGCCAGACCUUUUGCCCAAAAGCCAACCCACACACUAUUUCCGUUGUGCCCAUGUUAAAGGACCAAGCAAUUUUGGUUUUGUACUAAAACCGUGUGGAGUACCAAUUCACCAUGUGGAGUUGCACUUGGCUCUGGCUGGGUGUGUGUGUGAUGCUACUGGACACAUGUCACACACACAGCUCGUUCACCUGCGAACCUGUGCAGGUGCAGUGGUGCCACGACAUGCCAUACAACAUGACCUUCUUCCCUAACAUGCUUGAGCACUAUGACCAGGACAUUGCUGCUAGCAAGAUGAAGCACUUCAUGCCACUGGUUAGUCUACACUGCUCGCCAGAUGUGCAUUUGUUCCUGUGCCAGGCCUUUGUUCCAGAGUGUACACAGCAGACACGAGUGCACCAGCCCUGUAGAGAGCACUGUGAGAGUGUCCUCUCUGACUGUACACAAGACAUGAAAACCUUUGACAUCACUUGGCCACUGGAGCUAUCUUGUGACAGGCUAAAGCCCUGUCACACCUCUGCAGAAGAGUCAACUGACCUACUGCAAAAAGACGUAACAACACCCAGGGCAUCUGCCAGUAGAGACUUGGGCUUCUGGUGUCCCUUACAACUAAAGACCCGUCCUGGUCAGAGUUCCUCCUUCCUGGGUGCUCAGGACUGUGCUCCUCCAUGUCACAACAUGUACUUCAAGACACAUGAGAUUGAGUUUGCCAAGAUGUUUAUCGGCAUCUGCUCGAUCAUUUGCUUGUGUGCCACACUGUUUACUUUCUUUACCUUCCUCAUUAACGUCAAGCGUUUCCGCUACCCAGAGCGGCCAAUCGUCUUCUAUGCCAUAUGCUACAGCUUUGUGGCUCUCAUCUACUUUAUCGCAUUCCUGCUGGGUAAUGAGGCGGCAUGUAACAAGCCCAGCAUGCCUGGCACUGUCUCGACAGUAGUGCAGGGGAGCCGGAACAAAGUCUGUACACUGCUCUUCAUGAUGCUCUACUUUUUCUUCACUGCUGGUAUGGUCUGGUGGGUCAUUCUCACAAUCACCUGGUUUCUUGCAGCAAGGCCCAAGUGGAGCUGUGAGGCCAUUGAAAAGAAGGCUGUGUGGUUCCAUGCAGUGGCCUGGGGCCUCCCAGGGAGCCUUACUGUCAUUCUGCUGGCCCUCAAUAAAGUGGAGGGGGAUGGGAUCAGUGGUGUCUGCUUUGUUGGCCUGUAUGACCUGACAGCCUUGAGAUGGUUUGUGCUGGUUCCGCAGGCUCUUGGUGUGAUCGCUGGACUCUCCCUCCUCCUUGCUGGCAUCGUUUCACUUAACCAUGUGCGACAAGUGAUCCAGCAUGAUGAGCGUAACCAGGAGAAGCUGAAGAAGUUCAUGAUACGCAUAGGUGUGUUCAGUGGCCUGUAUCUCCUUCCUCUGCUCACACUGCUGGCCUGUUACUUGUAUGAGCAGGCCCUGCGGAACAGCUGGGAGAAGACGUGGAUCAACGAACACUGUCAGGAAUAUAGCAUCCCCUGCCCCUACAAAAAAAUUGAUCCCGCUUGGCCAGACCUAUCUCUGUUCCUGAUUAAAUACCUGAUGAAACUUGUAGUGGGCAUCUCCGCUGUUUUCUGGGUUAGCAGUAAGAAGACCUGGUCAGAGUGGGCCUACUUUUUCAACAGAACACGCAAGAAAGACCCCAUCAGUGAGAGUCGACGUGUCUUGCAGGAGUCUUGCGAAUUCUUCCUGAAGCACAACAGCCGUGUGCAGCAUAAGAAAAAGCACUACAAGUCCAACUCGCACAAGCUCAAGGUCAUCUCCAAGUCCAUGGGCACCAACACGAGUGCUCAACCAACCAACACUGCUAACCACGACUUGGCUUUCACCACUAGCAACUACUACACGGGAACACCUGUUUCAGGGUCUGACAUACGGGGUUCGUCAAAAUCAUCUGUACAUGACCAGGCUGCCUCUGGAAAGGUGUCUAGCCAGAGCAGCAAGGAGCAAAAGAGCAGCAAAACUGGCAGUUCCAUUAGAGUCGGUGGCAAUGGGGAGCCUCUGCAGAGCCCCUAAUUUAGUGAUGUGUUUGGCCAGCAGGGGUGUCAAACAUGCAGCCUGCAGGCCAGGACUGGCCUAGUAAAGGUUCUAAUCUGGUCUGAUAAAUGAAUUUAAAUAUAAAAUUGUCUCGUAGACCCUAAUUCAUUUGAAAGAUUAAAAAAGAGCUCGUCUCUAUUAUUCCAUAUGGAGCCCUGGAUGGGACAUGGAGUUAAAAAUAGAAAAAAAAAUAAGACAAGCUUUUGCAAAAUCUCACAAAAGUUUCGCAAGAUAGGUUUUUCAUUAAAAUCGAUGUACUUCCAGGUCUGUUCAGCUAAUUUGUGAAGAAUGUGUCCCCUUGCACUGAAUAUUCUCUUCAGAUUUCUCUCAUUUAUGUGAAAACCGUGCCACGGCCCAGCAUGGAUUUAAUGUGUUUAUAUUUGAGGACAAUCUCAAAAUUCUAUAAAAUCUAUGUGAGAUCUUGCGCAAGGUUUUUUUUAAGGUCAGUGUACUUUCAGGUCAGUUUGGCAACAUGGAAACAGGGCUGAAGUGGAGGCUAAACGCAAUCAUAUCGCCUCUUGCUCGAGUGUAUGCGCUGACAUCACUGUAUGUGGAAAUCACCGAGUGGCAGCAUUAGCAUUCAGCUCAAAUGCCGUGACAACCUCAAUGAAAAGCUUUUGUGAGAUCUAACAAAGAUUUUGCAGAAUCUCGCAAAAGUCUUUUUUUCUUUUCUCCAUGGCCCUACUGGGGUUCUGUAAUUCCACUAGAGGGCAAAGUAGAACAAUAAACUCGGGGCCAGAAAUGAUGCUGAUGUAAUUCUUCACUAGCAAGCAAUUUAUUUUUUUUUAAAACACUUAACCUUGUCUCUUUCCAGAAUACCUAAUUCUUAGGGGUUUCACAACAAUGGGGGUAAGUACUUCUGCAAAAACACAGCUUUUAUGUCCUUAAUUGUCAAUAAUUCUACAAACUGUAUUAUUUUUAUUUAAAUAGAUUGAUCUAUUUUCUGCUAUUUUGAAUGAAAAGCCCAACUUAAGCCUAUUUCAGUUCUAGAUUAUAGCACUACAAAAUUCUGGGGAAAAGUCGCGUACCAAGGGCGUGAAUACUUUUGUGGUUGGCUGACCUGCAUUAUAAACUGUUGUAAAUUGAAUUCCGCAUUAUUGUAGCAGGUUUUAUAUGAAUAAAACUGUUGCAUUUAAGGCAUUGUUCCGUCUGUAGAAAUCCCUAAUCUUUCCCUUUAUGUUAAGCUUACCAUAAAUAGACGAUAUGACAUGGUGUAUUUUUAUUUUUAUUUUUUCGAAUAUUUUUAAUAAUUUAUUUACUGAACACUGGAUUUUAUCAUAUUGUUUUUGUCGCCAUUUUAUGAAAGCCACAUGAGGGCCUGCCUUAAAUUAAUGUUAUCAUGGGUAAGGGGGAUUUACUCUGCUUCAUGCUGUGCUUAACACAGCAUGGCUUAUAUUUAAUAAGCACAGACUCUUAGAUGUGAUGUGUUGGGGGACUAAGUGUAAUGCGGCCUGAUGAGUUUGACACCCCUGCUUUUCAGAAUAAAUCCAGUCAUGGAUCGAAUUCUGCUCUCUCUUAUUCGAUUGUUUUAGACUUUAAGCUUACUAUUUUCAGGAUUAUAGGUUAUGUGAUGAUAAACUUGCCAUGCAAAUCGGAUUUACUUCGGCCACAAGACACUACAGCAAUCACAAGCAGUGCCAUGCUCCCCAGAGUGCCGUCUUUUGUGCUUCAUUUGAAGUAUGCCAAAAUAAAGCGCAGCACUGUAUUGUUCCUUCUCAUUUUGAAAGCACCAUUCUCUGUUCUGUCCUCAGGCCAGGGACAAGUCCAGUUCAUGAAAAAUGCGCACAAAGUACAGAAUUGUUCAUUUUACCUCCAGGUCCAAUCAGGCUAAAUCUGAUGUCCAAAUCCUGAUAUACUGUAUGUUGCAAUGAAUGAUGCAUGCUCACGGUUGCCACAUAUCCUGAAAAACCUGGAAUAUUGUAAUCUAGUAUUUCAAUCAUGGAAAACAGUUGGAAAAUGGUUUUGAUCAGCUGUUCAGGAAAUAUUACUGAGGUGCUGGAUAAGGUUAAACUUGACUUAAUCCACUGUUAUACAGAGCUGAUUAGUGGCUUUGUUUUGGUGUGUGUGUGUGUGGUGUUUUUUAAAUAAUCUACAUGCAGAUGUUACGCUGGAUAAAUAGCACAUUUUUUCUGUAGCAUAAUUAUGAUGCACAUGGAUUGAGUGUAUUAACACUGUGGAGUUAAUACAAGUAGUUCGUUGUCAGACAUUUAUACUUAAACUGUAUAUUCACAUACUGUAUAUAUCCAUAUCCCUUCUUAACUGACCUGUAGAAACAGAAUAAUGCAUUUGUUAAAGCUUUGCUAUAUAAUAUAUAAAAUAAUUUUUUCAGCUUAACCUUUUAUUCAAAACAACCAUUGUGUUUCUUCUUGACCUUCAUUAGGAGUAUUAACUGUGUGGACAUUUCAACAAUUUUAAUCUGUGUCAUCACACUUCAUAUCUAGGUGCACUUUAGAAUUGCUAAUCCACCUACUGACACUAUUUUGGGAGGUCGGAGGAAACCAAAACGUGAAACAAUGCACGAAUAUUAACAGGACCUCAGCAUUUUUAACGCAGCAACACGACCUGGUGUGCCACAUAGGACAACAUCUGUGUUUUUUUAAAAAUUGUAAUCAUAUUAUUAUGUGGCUAGUUUUUAUUUCAAAUAGCUUUUUGCUGGAUUUUUUUUUUUUUAUCAUCAUCAUUAUCUUGGUCUUGUCCGUCUCUUGUUUCUCAUAUUACUAUGUUAGUCAUCAUUUCAGAAAUGGCACUAAUAUAUAUAUUAGGGUGCAUCAGUUGCCCCCUAAAAAUGAAAAGUUCCUCCGAUCAUGAUGCAUUUUUGUUUUUAUGUUCCUUUUGGUAAGAAAACACACUGGGUGAAAUAUUUUGACAAAAUUCAAAAGUUUAAUGGUGGCACCAGGAGCUCAAAGUUUUGGAAAAAGCUGCUAUUUUAUGACUUUUAUGACAAAAUUUCGAUCACUUUUCAUGAAACAUUAUGGCACCUUAUAGAGUAUACCAAAUAUCUUAGAUACACAUUUUUAGUACAUAUUCUAAAUAUAUUAUCAAGCACAGUUUGAGUUUUAGCUGUUCAUUGAAUCAUUGUUCAACUACUUUUAAACAAUACAAAUGUAUUAUGAAUCACAUUAAUGCUUCUCAAUCCCUUGCAAAGGUUCUUAACAUGAUCUCUGGGUCACAAGAAAUCAAUAAAUGGAGUCCAACAUUGUGAUUCAAACCUUACGCGAAAACAUAAAAUAAGUGUUUUUUGGCAAAAAAUGAACCUCAUGGUGCCACCAUUAGACUUUUGAAUAUGGUCAAAAAAUUUUACAGGAUGUCUUUAUUGGUGAAAAGGAACACCCAAACAAAAAUGCAUCAGAUUUUAUGAAAGUGAGGGCAACUGAUGCACGUUAUAUAUAUAUAUAUAUAUAUAUAUAUAUAUAUUUUUUUUUUUUUUUAUCAUGGCAAGUUUAUAAUUCUGUUCUAUCAUAUGUUUUAACUGUCUUUCUGAGUACAUGUUAAAUGAUGUGAUGAACACUAUUCAUUUACUACACAGUGCUACUUUUAAAAUACUGGUUACUGCAAAGCAACUACACUAAGAAAAGUAGCAAAAUUUUGAUUUUUAGUUCUUCUUGAAGAAAAUCAAAUAGUUGUUUUAAUGUGGACAUUACCAAAUGCUUAUUAUUAUAUGGUAAAUGUUUCGCAAAACUUAAUGACGUCCUAUGAAAACUACAUUCUUUUCAAGGAAUAUACACAUUUGAUAUGUUAAAUUUUCAAAAUAGGAUGUGUAUUUAUGUGGUAGAGGGAAAAUGUCUUCAGUGAGGUAAAACAGUCUGCUGGAACUCUGACUUUGUGACCGUGUGAAAGGAGAAAUGGAUUUAUCAAUUUUUUUAUAUUUUCUUAGAAUUUUUUUCAUAAUGUCGGUAUUUUACAAAAAAAAAAUCAAUCAGUAUGUAUUCAAUGUAAUUUUAUACCUUGUACUUGGUUUAUGAUAAAUAUUGUGAUAAGCCUUCACAUUAUAAAUGUUUUAUAAUAAAUCUGCCUUCAAUUAAAAGGUAAUUGAA